GAGGCUGAGGAGGACCGUGGACCAGAGCGCAGAAGAAGAAGCAGCAGCAUCAGAAGAAGAAGAAGAAGAAGAAGGGUCAUAAUCCGACACUUGCUCAUUACUGACAACCGCUCAGGAUAUCCAGCAUUCUUCCCCCUCACCUCCUCUGGCCUGACUGACCCACCAGCCCACCACCAUGAACUACCUCCGCCGGCGCCUGUCAGACAGCAGCUUUGUGGCCAACCUCCCCAACGGCUACAUGAUGGAUCUGCAGAGGCCGACCCCUCCAGGUUCAUCCACCUCCUCUCCCGCCUCCCCGGCCACAGAGAGACGGCAGCCCCCGAGCCUCCCGACUCAGACCCAGAGCUCUGCCUCGGCCCCGGCCCCGGCCCCUGCCCCGGCUCCGACCGCAGCCCCGACCCCGGCCCCGGCCCCGGCCUCCUCUGGGGGCGGAGGGGGCUUCCUCAGCUCCUUCUCCAGCGUGGUGAAGAGCGCUCAGAUGGCCCAGAACGUUGCUGCCGCUGCGCACGCCAAAGCAGCUGCAGCGGCUGCCGAGGGGAACAGUCAGCCACCCAAACCUGUGGUACGCAAACCCAAGAUCCUGCUGGUCAUCGAUGAUCAGCACACAGACUGGGCAAAGUAUUUUCGAGGGAAGAAGCUGAACGGAGAGUAUGAGAUCCGGGUGGAGCAGGCCGAGUUCUCAGAGAUCAACCUGGCCUCCUACGUAACCUCGGGAUGUAUGGUGGACAUGCAGGUCAACAAAGGGGGCUCCAAAGUGGUCAGGUCCUUCAAGCCAGACUUCGUCCUGAUUCGCCAACACGCCUACAGCAUGAUCCCCGGCGAGGACUUCAGGAACCUUGUGAUCGGCAUGCAUUUCGGAGGCGUCCCGAGUGUCAACUCUCUCUUCUCCAUCUACAACUUUUGCAGCAAACCCUGGGUGUUUUCUCAGAUGAUUAAGCUGUACCACUCCCUCGGUCCAGAGAAAUUCCCCCUGAAUGAACAAACCUUCUAUCCCAACCACUCACAGAUGGUUACAACCCCUACCUACCCUGUUGUGGUCAAAAUGGGGCACGCCUACGCUGGAAUGGGAAAGAUCAAAGUUGAAAACCAACAGGACUUCCAGGACAUCACCAGUGUGGUGGCCCUGGCUGGGACCUACGCCACCACCGAGCCCUUCGUCCAGUCCAAGUACGACAUCCGCAUCCAGAAGAUCGGCAACAACUACAAGGCAUACAUGAGAACAUCCAUCUCCGGAAACUGGAAGGCAAACACAGGCUCUGCCAUGUUGGAACAGAUCGCCAUGACAGACAGAUAUCGGAUGUGGGUGGACUCCUGCUCUGAGAUGUUUGGUGGCUUGGAUAUCUGUGCAGUGAAGGCCGUCCACGGAAAAGACGGCAACGACUAUAUCAUCGAGGUGAUGGACAGCUCCAUGCCUCUGAUUGGUGAACACGUGGAGGAGGAUAAACAGCUGAUCACGGAGCUCAUCAUCAACAAGAUGGCCCAGGUGCUGCUGGGAGUUUCCACACCUCAGCCUUCCUCUGUCAAGACCACACAGCCCAGACGAGGGGGACACCGCUCUGCUUCAGCCUCUCCAUCCCAGUCAGCCCAGGGUUCCCCUCAGCGAGCCCGGUCAGCCAGCACCUCACCCAGCCAGGCCUUCCAGCCGGGCCCCAUCCCUGCCUCCUCCGGGCCUGGAGCUCAGAAACAGUCUCCACAGCUGAACAAAUCCCAGUCCCUGACCAACACCUUCACGGAGACGUUACGAGGAAACGUGACCGACGACGAGGCCAAAGCCGAAACCAUCCGCAGCCUCCGACAGUCCUUCGCGAGCCUCUUCUCCGACUAAACAUCCCCCAGCCCUCACUCUUCCCAGAAGCUUCCUCUUUCUGUCAGGUCGGAAGAAACAAAAAUAAACCCUGACUGGUUAAUCUGUAAUGGAGUCUCUCCCUCCUCAAGCCUCAGCUUCCUGUUCUCCUCUCCUCCUUCGUUCUCACUGUUUGUGAAGUUUAAAACUUGGUGCAACCCGCUGUCCUCACAUCUGUCAGUUAUUUAUCACAAGAAAGGCCAAUAGAAUUUAGGGGUUCUUCAACGAAAGUCACCUGUUAAACCUGUAGAUGUUCACAGGUGUAACUGGUGAUUUCAUGCUAGUACUGUAGGAUAUAGAGCUGCAAUGAUUGAUUGAUUAAAAAGAAAAUCAAUGAAGAAGGGUUUUCGAUAAACAAUGAACAAUCCAAAAAUGUGUACUGAAAAAUGUCAGAUUUACUUGUUUUAAUUUCAAUUGGAGCCAGAAAAGGCAAUUUGCAGACUUGACUUCGGGCUCUAAAACUAAAGCCGUUUUCACAUAUGCACUCCUGAAAAUAUCUAGAUAACUUCAGGAGGACUGCUCCAGAUAUAAUAAGCUAUAAUGAGAAUAUUUGCCUUUAUAUCAAUCCUAGUCCAACGGAAUGACAAAAUAAACAAAAGAGCGUCGAACAUCAUACUGAUGAACAGAAAACUUAAUGCAGCAGGUUAAUUCGUAGUGGUCGCAUGUAUACACUCAAUGCACCGUGCAGCAGUCACAGAAUAUAAAAGUCACUCCCCCCCUCUUAUUGGCUCGAGGUAAAUUCUCCGGAGAAUAUCCUGCUGCGUUCUCACAUCAGCUCACUCGGACUUGCUGCAGAAAAACAUACUAGGGAUCUGGCAGGAGAAACUCCGGGUGAGGUCCGAGCAACAAAUUUGGCUGUUUGCGUUCACACAUAAAAAUAGAAAUAUCCUCAGUUUUUCAGGAGAUUUCUGCUGGUGUGAAAGCCCUAUAAGUAACAAUUGUCUGUGAUUCACAAACUGAAAUUUUCACAAAAUUUAUCGGCAGGCUAAUCAAGAACAAAAAUCAUUUUGUUGCAGCCCUAGAAGGACGUCUGUGACGAUGCAAAACCAAACCAAAUCUCAUUCAAACGUUUGUCCAUUUCAUUUGUACACCUUUUGAUUGUCAUGUCCCAUUUCUGCUGGUGUCAGGUUAUGAAUGGGGAUAGAAACAUGUUAAGCACUACGUGAGCCCCCUGUCUGUACCACCCAGUAUCCUUUGCGCUUUUCUAAAACAGCCUGGUAGAAGUCCUAGUUGAGUUCUGUGUACGAUUUUUCAAGCCCCCUUUGAUGCCGUAUUGUGUCCUAAAAAACGUGUGAAUGCUUCCUACACUUUAGAUCAGGGCUGAUGGCAGCUUGGCCUUUCUCGUGUUAAAUAGUGACAGUGAGUAAUCGUAGUCAUAGUCUAGCUCAUAGUGCUCGAUAUAUAGUCACUACUCUGCAUUCUGAUGGUUCAACCAGUGUUCAUUAUUGGGUAAUGUCUGAUUUAUUUAGAAACAACUUUAUUUAUCGGGUUAAAAUUCUUUAGAUUAUUUUAACGGACGCACAGCUACCAAACUGUUUUCAGAUGUCAUCGGCAAUAUCGGAUAUAAAACUGUUCCUUCUUGCUCACGAGAAAUGUUCAGACUCCCCCUUCUCUCGGUUCACCAGCGAUUUUAAACAUCUUGCCAGCAGCCACAUUCCUCCCACAUCCAUGUGCUGUCGUCACUUAUUGGCUUAUGUAGUGACUCCUCUAUAUGACAUUACCAAAGUGCUUUUUAAUUAAACAACAAACAAAAAAAAACAUUGAAAUAAAAAAUCCACCCUGCACUGGGUCAAUAAAAAAAAUAAAUCACACAGCAAUGCAACCUGAGCUUGUGAUUUCAGAAGGUGCAAAUGCUGUACUGGCUUACAGCUGUUGUCUUCCAUCACAGGCCAGAUCUUCCCCUUACUCUUCUUUUUCUGAAUCUUUUUUGAGCUUUGUGAAUAGCACCAUGGUGUGUUUUCUGUAGGGGGUUUGUUUCAUAACUACUACUGUAACGUGUUCAGGGGCAAACAGUGAGGAUGUCAUAUUAUGAGACUUAGUGUGCUUAACUUUCUACGGAGACUGGGAAAAAAUGGCUUAUAUCUUAUAUUAUUCACCUUUAUUCCAUCAAACCACACCAAUUCUAGCUGAGACUGUAGAAAAUACAAUAUCAUCCUUUUUAGUUUUUGUUGUUUAUGCGAAAUCUGCAGAGGUAGUAAAGCAGACGUAUUCAAAUUUAAUCCUGCCUUGGAACUGCAUAAUGUCUAAACUACUCUAUAAACACAACUAUAACCAUUUUUACACUUUAUUGAAUGAGUGAUCUAGUUUAUCAUUUCAUAGAAGCUUACCAAGCAAGGACAAGAUAUACAGUGCAUGCAGAAAGUAUUAACAGUGCUUCACUUUUUCUACAUUUUGUUAUUUUACAGCCUUAUUCCAAAAUGGAUGAAUUAAUUUUUUCCCUCAAAAUUUCUACACACAAUAUCCCAUAAUGGCAAAUUGAAAUAGACAUUUUUGCAACUGUACAUAAGUAUUCACAGCCUUUGCCAUGACACUCAACAUUUCCGGAUGCACUGUAUAGUGUCACUAUUAGAAAAAAGUGUUUUGAGAAAUGAUAAGGCACCACAAGGAUCCACAAAGUAAAAAGUUAAUUUACUGCAAGAUUUUGUCGCAUCAAGCUCACAGGAAAGGAUUGACUGUAUAUUUUUCUUUUCAUGCUGCGCACAAUCACAAUCAAAUAUCUGUAUUGGUUUUUUUUUGUUGUAAAAUUUAGGCAUUGUCUUGUUCUUGGCUAACCUGUGCUGCAAGCUCAACGAGUCCAGAUAUCUUUGUUUUCAUUAAGAUCGAUCUUUAAAGUUUAUGUUCCCUCCUUUGUUGUCAUGUCAUUUAAAUACCUGCUAGCAGUAUGCAGAAUUUUAAACAGCCCUACUGCAAUUCCCAAACUUCUCAUUCUCUUUGAAUAUAUUAAUAAUGAUAAUUAAAAUACUAAUGGGAUAGUAAAAAUAGCAAUUAUGAGGCCCGAUUUUAAGAUGAGAUUCAUUCAAUUGCAUGAAGCUGUGUAGUGGUGUGUGUGGAGUUGUGUAUGUGUGUUAAGUUGUGAAUUUGAAGACUGU